GUUAACCACGCUACAUGUUUUAUAAAUUAAUUAAAUUUAUUAAAAUAAAAUAAACAAUUAGUUUUAAAAUUAAAGAUCAUAUCUUAAGCACAUUAUUAUUCAUCGGAAGUAAAAAGAGUGAUAAAAAUGCAGUGAAAACAGGAUUGGAUCUUAUUCCUUCUAAAACAUCACAAAAUUAAAAAUGUCCGACAUGGAUAAAAGAAAAAAAGAAGAAGUGAAAAGUAAACUAUAUAAAGUGGUUUUAUAUUGUUCGGUGCCAUUUUUAUUUUAACUUGAUUAUGUUAUAAAUAAGAAAUAAAUAAUCACAUAAAUUGCAUAAAAGAAUAGAAAAGAAACAAAAGUGUAAAUUAAGACACAUGCAUUUGAUGUAGUUGAUAUAGUGUUGAUGAACGUUUCUUAAGUUUAAAAUUGAUCAUUGCAAUUUUUUUAUCGUAUAAAAAUUUUGCAAUUAAAUGUCUUAAAAUGUGGUCGAAGCAUAGAUUCUCAAUGGAAUUUAAUUGGAUAUCAUAUUCAUUAGCAAUAUUUAUUAUAUUUGGAUUAAUAAAUUCAAGUUUUGCAUUUCUUAGUUGUAAUCCAUCGCCAUGUAAAAAUAACGGAGUGUGUAUAGCAAAAUCAAAAAAUGAGUCUUAUUGCAAUUGUACAUCUCGAUAUGUUGGUGAUUUUUGUCAAUAUACAAAUCCUUGUUUGACUGCUCCACGAUGUCAGAACGGUGGAACUUGUGUAUUUCAAGUGAAAGACGAGCAAGCAACGUUCGAGUGUAAAUGUCCAAUGGGAUUUUCAGCAAGCUUAUGUGAAAUUAGCGAAGAUACUGCAUGCAGUUCAUCGCCAUGUAAAAAUGGUGGUGAUUGCGUUUUGAGAUCGAUAGACGAAUACGAUUGUAGAUGUCAAGAGGGAUUCUCAGGUCGAAAUUGUGAAAAAUCUAAUCUAUGUGCAUCAUCACCUUGCAAGAAUGGAGGAAGAUGUUCGAUGACGCUUAAUAAUAAAUAUAAAUGCACAUGUCCUCCAGGCUUUAAAGGGCCAAAUUGUACAGAAGAUGUUAAAGAAUGCCUUAAUAAUCCAUGCAAGAACAGUGGAACUUGUAUAGAAAGCUUUGGCUCGUACAAAUGCAUAUGUGAGCCAAAAUAUACUGGAAGAAAUUGUGAAUCUCCAUAUAUCCCUUGUUUUCCAUCACCUUGUCAAAACGGAGGUACAUGCAGACCAUUCGGAACAUAUUAUGAAUGCAAAUGUCCACCGGGAUUCACUGGAAAAGACUGCGAAGAGAAUGUUGACGAUUGUCCCGGUCAUUUAUGCCAAAACGGAGGAACUUGCAUUGAUGGUGUAAACACCUACAGAUGCCGAUGUCCACCCAAUUUCACGGGAAGCUAUUGUGAAAUUGAUGUUGACGAAUGCACAAGGCCCGUUUGUCAAAAUGGUGCAACGUGUACUAAUUCUCAUGGUAGUUAUGCAUGUAUUUGUGUUAAUGGUUGGACGGGAGAUGAUUGCAGUGAAAAUAUUGACGAUUGUGUUGAUGCUGCUUGCUUUAAUGGUGCAACAUGCAUUGACGGAGUUGGAAAUUUUGCGUGCCGAUGCACACCAGGAAAGACUGGAUUAUUAUGUCAUUUGGAUGAUGCUUGCACAUCAAAUCCUUGUCAUAAGGAUGCCAUAUGUGAAACGAGUCCGAUCGAUGGUUCCUUUACAUGUUCAUGCGCUCAAGGAUUCACAGGUGUUAACUGUUCAGAGGAUAUUAAUGAAUGUGAUAUUGGAUCGCCGUGCGAACAUAAUGGAAUUUGCGUUAAUACACCAGGAUCAUUUCGUUGUAACUGCACACAAGGAUUUACUGGUCCGCGAUGCGAAACAAACAUCAAUGAAUGUGAGUCACAUCCAUGUCAGAAUGAAGGUAGCUGUUUGGACGAUCCUGGGACAUUUAGAUGCGUUUGUAUGCCAGGAUUCACUGGAACUCAAUGCGAAAUUGAUAUUGAUGAAUGCGCUAGCAUGCCAUGCCUUAACGGUGGAACUUGCCAUGAUUAUAUAAAUUCGUUUAAAUGUUCGUGUGCUAUUGGAUUUUCGGGAUCGCGAUGUCAAACGAAUAUCGAUGACUGUGAAUCAUCACCUUGUAGAAAUGGUGGAACUUGUCAUGAUGCCAUUGCAGGUUAUUCUUGUGAAUGUUCGCCUGGUUAUAUGGGUCCGUCGUGUGAGAUCAAUAUUAAUGACUGCCUGUCAAAUCCAUGUCAUCGUGGUAUCUGUAUUGACGGUGAUAAUUCCUUUACAUGCCAAUGCAAUCCGGGCUAUACUGGUGCACUUUGUCAAACUCAAAUUAAUGAAUGCGAAUCAGAUCCUUGUCAACAUGGUGGAAAAUGUGAUGAUCUCAUUGGUGGAUACAGAUGUAGUUGUUUGCCAGGCACAUCAGGUCCAAACUGUGAAAUUAACGUAAAUGAAUGCCAUAGUAAUCCAUGUCGAAAUGGUGCAACAUGUAUUGAUGGAAUUAACAAAUACACUUGUCAAUGCGUUCCUGGAUAUACUGGCAUACACUGUGAAGUUAAUAUAAAUGAAUGUGCGUCAGAUCCAUGCGCUAAUGGCGGUGUUUGUAUUGAUCUUAUUAAUGGAUUCAAGUGCGAGUGCCCGAGAGGUUAUUAUGACGCACGAUGCUUAAGUGAUGUUGAUGAAUGUGCUGUAAAUCCGUGCGUCAAUGGUGGUCGAUGUGAAGAUGGUGUCAAUCAAUUUAUAUGCCAUUGUCUGCCUGGUUAUGGUGGUAAGCGUUGCGAAACAAAUAUCGACGAGUGCAGUUCUAACCCAUGCCAACAUGGUGGAUUAUGUACCGACUUAUUAAAUGCUUACUCAUGCACUUGUAUGCCUGGAUAUACUGGAAAGAAUUGUGAAACAAAUAUUGAUGAUUGUAUCAAUAAUCCAUGUAAAAACGGUGGAUCAUGCAUAGAUCAUGUCAAUAGCUACAAUUGUGUCUGCAGAAUUCCAUAUACUGGUAGAAAUUGUGAAACACAAAUGGAUCCAUGUGCUCCAAAUCGAUGUAAAAAUGGCGCAAAAUGUACACCAAGUACAAAUUAUCAAGAUUUUUACUGUACAUGCCCAAUUGGAUAUACUGGACGUUUGUGUGAUGAAGAUAUCAAUGAAUGUGAACAAUCAGUCUCACCAUGCAGAAAUGGAGCAACUUGUAGAAACAUUAACGGGUCAUAUCAAUGUCUUUGUGCUAAAGGCUAUGAAGGAAAGGAUUGUACAAUAAAUACAGACGAUUGUGCAUCUUAUCCUUGUCAAAAUGGUGGAACUUGUCUCGAUGGUAUUGGAGAUUAUACAUGCAUGUGCAUUGAUGGCUUCGAAGGAAAGCACUGCGAAGAAGAUGUCGAUGAAUGCUUGUCUCAGCCAUGUCAAAAUGGAGCAACAUGCAAGCAGUACGUCAAUUCUUACACUUGUACAUGUCCUUUGGGCUUUUCGGGUAUGGCAUGUCAGACAAAUGAUGAAGAUUGUUCAACGACGUCAUGCUUAAACGGUGGUACUUGUGUUGAUGGAAUAAACAGCUAUAACUGCUCAUGUAAGCCAGGAUUUACUGGAUCAAACUGUCAAUACAAAAUCAAUAAAUGCGACUCGAGUCCAUGCAAGAAUGGAGCAACAUGCUUUGAACAGAACAACGAUUAUGAAUGUCAUUGUGCUUAUGGAUAUCAAGGAAAGCAAUGCCAAAACUUUAUCGAUUGGUGCUCACAAAAUCCAUGUGAGAAUGGCGCAACUUGUGUACAACAAAAGAACGUUUUUCAUUGUGACUGCUCGCCUGGAUGGACUGGAAAAAUGUGUGAUGUAGAAAUGGUGUCAUGCAAGGAUGCAUCAUUAAGAAAAAGUGUUCAGUUUAAUAAAUUGUGUAAUAAUGGAACAUGUGAGGAUAUUGGAAAUUCACAUAGAUGCCACUGUCAUCAAGGAUAUUCUGGUUCAUAUUGUCAAACUGAUAUCGAUGAAUGCGCCUCACUUCCAUGUCAAAAUGGAGGCAUCUGCCGAGAUCUGGUUGGUGGCUAUAAAUGUAUUUGCCGUAAAGGCUUUCAAGGUCAAAAUUGUGAACUUAAUAUUGAUGAUUGUAAACCAAAUCCAUGUCAAAACGGUGGUACAUGUCAUGAUGGAUUAGGGACAUUCAGCUGUUCGUGUCCUCCGGGUACGGUUGGAUUAAUUUGUGAAGUAAAUCAAGAUGAUUGUGAACCUGGAGCUUGCCAUAACAAUGGAUCAUGUAUUGAUAAAGUCGGAGGCUUUGAAUGUCGCUGUCCACCUGGAUUUGUAGGAAGCAGAUGUGAAGGAGAUAUCAAUGAAUGCCUUUCAAAUCCUUGCUCCAAUGCUGGAACUCUUGAUUGUGUUCAAAUGGUUAAUGAUUUCCAUUGUAAUUGUAAGCCUGGAUUUAUGGGAAGACACUGUGAAACUAAAGUCAACUUCUGCCUAAACUCACCAUGUUUAAACGGUGGUUUUUGUACUCCAUUAUCAACAGGACAUCAUUGUUCUUGUGCUGAAGGAUUUUAUGGCAAAAAUUGUGAAUUUAGUGGACAUGAUUGUGAUUCAAAUCCUUGUAAUGCUGGAGAAUGCUUGAUAUUGGAUAAUGGUGGAUAUCGAUGUGAAUGUCCAUAUGGAACCGAUGGAAAACAUUGUGAAGUUGAUACAAUUGACGAAUGCUUAUCAAGUCCAUGCAAACAAAAUGCUCGAUGUGUCAACAAGAUGGGAGACUUUGAGUGUAUAUGCCCAAAUAGAUAUCGUGGCAAAACAUGUGAAAUUUUCGAUAGAAAUUUCAACAAAAUCUCUUAUACGAAUGAUGUAAGUUAUCCACAAGAUGAAUGUGUAAAGCGUGGCUGUCCAUCAAAACAAGGAAAUGGAAAAUGCGAUGAAGAAUGUAAUACACUAGCUUGUGACUUUGAUGGAAAUGACUGUUCAUUAGGUGAGAGUCCAUGGAAAAAUUGUACAGCACCGAUUGACUGUUGGAAAGUUUUCGCUGAUGGUGUUUGUAAUGAAGAAUGUAAUACACAAGAGUGUCUUUUUGAUGGCCGCGAUUGUGAAAGAAAAUUACAGCCUUGCAAUCCCGCAUUUGAUUCCUAUUGUAGAAAACAUUACGCUAAUGGUUUUUGUGAUUAUGGUUGUAACAACGCUGAAUGUGACUGGGAUGGUCUCGAUUGUGAAGAAAAAGAACCUCCAAAAUUGGCAGAUGGAGUUAUUUCCAUCAUACUUUUAAUGGAAAUACAAGAAUUUAAGCGAAAUGUCAUUCCAUUCUUGAGAGAUAUGGGACAUCAAUUGAGAACAACUGUACGAAUUAAGAAAGAUGGAUAUGGAAAUGACAUGAUAUUCCCAUGGAAAGGAAAGAGCAGUGUACCAGGCUUAGAAGAUUCAGACUUUACUCGUAAACAUCGAAUUCAUAUUACUGAAAGAGUAUCAAGAAAUGGAGUUCAAGUAUACUUAGAAAUUGAUAAUCGUAAAUGCGCUGGAGUGGCUGGUUCUGAAUGUUUCUCGACUGCAUCUGAUGCAGCACAAUAUCUAGCAGCUACAGCAGUCAAACAUAAUCUUCCAUUGAACUAUCCUAUUUAUGCAGUUAAAGGUCUAGCUACGCCUGAUCCAAAUCCAACUGAUCCGACAAAUACCACAUUAGUUCUGUCAGGAUUCUUAUUCGUUGUUUUCUUUGGGACAUUCCUCGGAGUUCUUGUGACUACACAAAGGAAGCGUUCACACGGAGUGACUUGGUUCCCAGAAGGAUUCUUCACAAAUAAUAAUAAUAAUAGCAACAACAACAAUACUCGUCGACAAACAUCAAGACGAAGAGGACCUGAUGGACAAGAAAUGAGAAACUUGAACAAAAACUCAUUUGGAGAUAUCAAUCGUCAAAUUGGACAUUCUCAGCAGUGGUCUGAUGAUGAAUCAGAAUUACCACAACCGAAAAGAUUGCGUCCAUUGGAUCUCGAGUAUUCAAGUGAUCAUACAAUCAUUACAGACUAUGAAGAAGCUGAUGCAAGAGUUUGGUCUCAGCAGCAUUUAGAAGCAGCUGAUAUUCGAGUUCCACAAGCGAUGAUGACACCACCAAAUCAUCAUGAUGGUAAUAAUGAAAUUGAUGUUCGAGGACCUUGUGGUAUGACACCAUUAAUGGUAGCUUCAAUUCGAGGCGGAGGCAUUGAUAAUGGAGAAGACAUAGAUGCAACGGAUGACACGACUGCACAAAUUAUUUCAGAACUAGUUGCACAAGGUGCUGAACUUAAUGCAACGAUGGAUAAGACUGGUGAAACUUCAUUACACUUAGCUGCUCGAUAUGCACGAGCAGAUGCUGCCAAGAGAUUAUUAGAUGCCGGAGCUGAUGCAAAUAGUCAAGACAAUACUGGCCGUACACCAUUGCAUGCAGCUGUGGCUGCAGAUGCAAUGGGAGUUUUCCAAAUAUUACUUAGAAAUAGAGCAACAAAUUUGAAUGCAAGAAUGCAUGACGGUACUACACCAUUGAUAUUGGCUGCCCGAUUAGCUAUUGAAGGAAUGGUCGAAGAUCUUAUAAAUGCUGAUUCAGACAUUAAUUCAGCCGAUAAUUCUGGAAAGACAGCAUUACACUGGGCUGCUGCUGUAAAUAACGUUGAAGCUGUAAAUAUUCUAUUACUACAUGGAGCUAAUCGUGAUGCACAAGAUGAUAAGGAUGAGACACCAUUAUUCUUGGCGGCACGUGAAGGAUCUUUCGAAGCUUGUAAAGCACUCUUAGAUAAUUUUGCAAAUCGUGAGAUAACAGAUCACAUGGACCGAUUACCAAGAGAUGUAGCAGCUGAGCGAUUACAUCAUGACAUUAUUCGAUUGCUAGACGAUCAUGUUCCAAGAAGUCCACAACAAUUAGUGACUGUCAUUCCGAAUGCUAUAAUUAAUUCGCCAUCAUCACAUCAAUUGAUCUCUCAACCCACAGUAAUUCCUACUUGUAAACAAACUAAACAGACGAAAAAGCGUCAGAAAAUUGAAGCAAAUCCAACGAGUCCCGAGUCCGUUGGAGGUGAGCAUUUUGUGAAACAGCGGAAGCCUAGCGUAAAGAAGCAAAGCAAGAAGCAAAAUAUUGAAGCAACGAAUAAUGUGAUUGAGCGAACGAUAAUGACUGAACGUUCGAGCAGUACAAACACAAAUAAUAAAAAUAAUAAUAAUAUUGAGCAAACUGCUGUUCUGCAAGAGAAUCAGCUCCAAGAAAUUGAGGAUCUUCUGAGCUCAGUUGAAUCUCCCGUUGGUAAUAUUCCUAGCAAUAGUCCUUAUGAUACUACAAGUAUCUACUCAAAUGCCAUGGCAGCCUUCGAUAUGGACUUCCUUAAUACAAAUAAUAAUAACAAUAACAACAAUAAUAAUAAUAAUAAUAUAAAUAAGAAGAAACAGCCACCUAGCUAUGAGGAAGUUAUAAAAAACUCACAGCAAGCACAAAAUGUUUAUGGGAUGAAUCAUCCCUUUCCUGACAGAUUCCUCCAGCAAAAUGGAGGACCCAAAAGCGUAGCAAGUUCAAGUGAGCAGGGUUCACUCUCACCACCAUACUCGAAUCAAUCUCCGCCAUAUUCCGUUCAAAGUAGUAUGGUGCUGUCACCUCAAGGAUAUUUAAGUUCUCCAUCGCGACACAAUCUUCCUAAUUCACCUCAAACAAACUCAUCAGCAAUGAGACAUACUCCUCAAAGUACUUUAAUUGAUGGAAACUCAAAUGGGAGUGUGCAUCCGCAUCAUCAAAUGAAUUUCGACUACAACAAUCACCCAAAUGGACUAGAAUUGGCUGGGUUUUGUAGUCCGGCAGGUGCCGCAUCUACAUUGACAUCACCGUCACAAGGCAGUAUUCAUUCUCCCCAACAUGUACAAUCUCCAAUACAUAAUCAAACACAAUCCUUCUAUCACAUUCAACAAAAUCAAUUAACAGCUGGAUCGUCAAAGCCAUCAUUUUAUCAAUAUCUCACGCCACCCAGUCACAAUGACAGUGGGAAUCAGACACCGCAGCAUAUGGUUCAAUCAUUAGAUAGCUAUCCUACACCAUCACCUGAAUCGCCAGGCCAUUGGUCAAGUUCACAAUCGCCUCAUUCAAUAUCGGACUGGUCUGACACACAUUCACCGGCGAAUCAGAAUCAUUAUGUAUCUACUAACAGUCAUCAAGGAAAUAAAGGGUCUGAAGCCAUUUAUAUUUAAAGAAAAGUAAUUUCAUUCAUAGAAAAUGACAUGAUUAGAUUAUGAAGAAUUUUAGUGUAAUUAUUUCGACAAUUUUUAAAAUUUUAAGAAGACGAAUGAAAAAAAAAUUAAUUUUAAGUUAUUUUAAAAGUUAAAAUUUUAAGACUUUAGAAAGUAAAACAAAUGAAUAAGCACAAGUUAAAUUUGUUGGAUAAAUUAUCGUAGGCUUUCCACACGACAAUAAAGAAUCUUUACUAUUUUUGCCUUUGGGGUCAUUCAAAAAUGACGUCAAUUUCUCCUCCUGUAAGAAUUUUAUUUUAAAGUAUCAUAAAGCUCUAAUCCAAUUUUCCCUCCUGAAACUAGAACAUCAUUUAUGAAUGACCCCGUUGUAAGCAUUUGAACUACUUAUUUUUAUAUAUAAAUUAAUUUUAUUAAUUUUCUUUGUUAAGUGACAUAAAUGUUAUGCUCGAAAAUUUUUGAAAAGAGAAAAUGAAUCAUUAUUCAAGACAAACAUUUUUUUUUGGAAAUCCUUGAAAAACGAAACUCUCAUGUAAUAUAAAAUCUGUGAUUAAGAUUUUGUAAGUAAGUAGAAAUGAUUAGAUAUUAAGACGAAUCAUUAAAAUAAAUUUUCAUACAUAAAAUAAAACAUAAAAAAGAAAUAAAUAAAUUUCAAACGAGG